AACGCCGCCUCCCGCCUCAGUGCACCUGCCUGCCGGGCUGUUCGAAGGAUCCUCCCGCUGGGGCUCCCUUCGCCGCUUCUCUUCAGCGGGCAGCGUCGUCGCCGUCGAUCCACCUGGGUCCCGCCAUGGAGGGGCUGCGGGGUGGCCUGAGCCUCGCCGGGCUCCUGUCGUUGCUGCUCGUCGCCUGCGUCAUGAAAGAGGCCAGCACACAAGUGUUGUGUGGAGUGCCUGCCAUGGGACGGAUCGUGGGCGGUUCUGAUGCUCGAAGUGGACAGUGGCCAUGGCAGGUCAACCUGAACUUCAAUCGUGAUCAUGCCUGUGGGGCAACCCUCAUUGCCCCCCAGUGGUUGGUUACAGCUGCACAUUGCUUCCCCAAGGCAAAUCCAAUCGAGAUGUAUGACGUGACACUGGGGUCCUUCCAGCUGAAAAACCCCUCCCCAGACAUCCAAGUGACGCUAGUAGAAGAGGUGAUUAAGCAUCCUGACUUCCAUGAAGAUGAAGGCUCUCAAGGGGACAUUGCCCUGGUGAAACUCAAAACCCCCAUUACAUAUUCUCGGACUGUUCGGCCGAUCUGCCUGCCUGCCUCUUCGGUCACCUUCCCGCAGGGCAUGACCUGCACCGUCACCGGCUGGGGGAAUGUUCUUGCAACUACGAGUCUUCCCUCACCCAUGACACUUCAACAACUCGAAGUGCCCAUCAUUGAUCUAGACACCUGCAAGUGCCUGUACAGAAGGAACCCAGAUCCUGAGGAGUCCCACACCCUCCACAAUGACAUGAUGUGUGCUGGCUUUGCGGAAGGCAAGAAGGAUGCCUGUCAGGGUGAUUCCGGAGGCCCCCUUUCCUGUUUUGUUGACAACUCCUGGUUCCUGGCUGGCGUGGUGAGCUGGGGAGACAACUGUGGGGCCGCCAAUAGACCUGGCGUUUACAUCCGCCUUCCUGUCUACGCCGACUGGAUUAAGGGAAAAGUCCCAGAAGUACAGCUUCAACAAGUGACAGUCCCUCCAAGGCCCACCCCCGAAGAGGCUUUGUGCUCCAAUUCUACAGGAGGGGGAGGCCCCUAUGACGACAUCCAGCCCUCCCCAGGCUGGAACCGGCCCCUUAGCCCGGACAAGAACCCUCCCAACAGUUCCGCUUCCAUAGCCUGCAUGGUUGGUCUACCACUUCUCCUCCUCCUCCUCCAGAGCUGCCUGUGGUAAUUUUUUACUCCCACCUCAAGUUGCGCAGGGAAUGUGGUUGUCUUCCUGUUUUUUAUCCUCCUGGGGAUGGUCUCACUAUUUCAUCGCCUGCUGUGCUUCAAGCUUUCUCUCUGCACCCAUGGGGUGCAGAGAACACAGCGGGAUUCCAUUAGGAAGCGGUACGAAGCCCAAACAGACUCCUGAGGUGGUCAUUGCGCGUGCCUCUUGUAAAUCCACCUGCGGUCUGGGUCUAGCAUGUGGUUUUUUAAAAAGUUCACACUUCACUCCUAUCCGUGGCUUUUACUCUCUAAUUCAUAAUUUCCGGGAGUAUCUUUUUUUUUGCCUCUUCCCCACUGGCCACGACUUGCUUGGCCUUUUAAAAAUCAUAGUUGGAUACAAAUCUGUAAUAAACCUUUUUUUUGCUACUGCGGACAUAAUUUCAUAAGUCAGUGGGAGCAUAGUCUCCUUUUUAGGCAAACUGUAUGACUAAUCUCUUUGUUGAGUAUCUGGCGCUCUUCUCCAAUUGCAUUCCUGGCAUACAUUUUGAAACGUGAUCGGUUUCAAGACAGGUUCCUCUCUCUGCCCAGUUCCUCCUUUCCUGCUCAUAAUGUGAAUGUGUAGCCUUCCUAACUGUUGCUGUGAAGGCAAGGUCCUCCACAAUAGUUGGGACAUUGUUCGAGGACCAAAGUUGAGCCCUUUGAAGAGAAUCAGUCAACCGAAUCCUUUCUUCCUUAGGAUUCAAUUGAGAUCGCGCUCGGGUAUCUUGCCCAACUGGACAGUUCAGAGAGCAGCACAAUGUACCCUAACGUAAUUUCUCCCUCUUAAAAGAUCCCUGUCUUGCCAAGUAUAUAAUGCCAUUAGUAACUUGGAUGAUGGGGGAUUUUCACAGGGUUAGCAGUUCUACUCUUAGGCUGUUAUGGUCUCAGCUUAUGAGGAAGAGGUCAAGGACACUGUUGGAUAAGUACAGUGCAGCCACCAAGCUCUGAAAAAGGCAUAUAUUCUAUAGGGCCCCUUCUACCCACGUUUGGUUUACUUGACCCUCAUUUUUCUCUCUUCCGGGCUCCCUCUCUGACUUGGUAUUUACCCACCCCUCCUUCUGGCUCACAGACUGAAUAAAAAAAAAGACUCAGCGGAGGUGCUGGGACUUUGAAACCAACCUGUUGCCUUUUGAUCUUUGGCUGGGUGAUUAGGCCCACUUCUGCUUGCAGCUAGCUUUGCGGUUUUGCCUGAUUUAAGCUGGAAUUGUGCAGGGGUGGAAACUUAGCCUCUGGAUGUUUCUGCUGUGUAAUUUAUGAAUCCCUCCAAGCUGGGGCGAAGGCUGAGAGCAGAGAUUCUGGGCUGUUCUUGUGUGUGGACACCUCAGUUCAGAGAUACCAUCGGGUGGUUUUCGUUCUGGGUUACCAAUUGUCAGCCUGACAGAUUUAUGGAGUAGUACGACUCCCGAUGUGAAGGAGAUGAAGGGGAUUGCUUUUUUCCCCAAGGAUGCUUGGACAGAAAUGCUGCCAGCAUGGACGCCAAAUAAAAAGGAGUGGGACUCCUUUGCGGGAACUUCAAUGAUGAUCAAAAUUGCCCUCUCAGGGGAGGGGGGGGAGGGUUGCAAUUGUAUUAGAUAAUUUAUGUUUGCACACACUUUAAAAAAAAGAGUAAUGUACACAUCAUCUUUUAAGGAAGGAUUGAAAUCAGUUGCUGCUUUUGAGAUGAAGGGUUUUAAUAAAGUAAAUGGUAAUUCUACACUAA